AUGCGUGAUCGCAGGAACACCAAUCUCUCCAUCUCGUCCACGGGAUCAUUCGCAUCAGCACACACUUCACCCGUAGUUGCCGAUCACGCCCAGGACAGCGCAGAAAAAGGAAGAUUUCUCUGGAUUCCAGUCAGAGAAGACACCGGCCCUUUGCCUUCACCUUUGCUCAAACACGCACGCGAAAACAAACAUGGCUUCUUUGAUGACUGGCAAAAGACGACCCGAUGGCGCACGGUAGUCAUGCUGUUUGUUCUGGCCGUUGUCUUGAUUUGCUAUACCUUGUCUCCAAUAUUGAUAAGCGACAUCCAAUAUGAUGCUGUCUUCGCCAACGCCGACAAACAAAUUGACCUCAUCAAUGGGGCACCAAUUCCUGAUUAUCCCACCCCCUUGAUUUUCCAGGACCAGCAUGGCCAGCCUAGAUGGACUGUCUCAAUACCGCCUUCGCUCGGGUUCCCUCUCAAGCACCAUGAGUACAAGCGCAUCUGUUCAGUUAGCGAAGGGGUCAGGAAAAGCGUCGAAGCUAUGACGGGUCGCCCAUCAAGGAUCCAAGGCAAAAACAGACCUCACUUCUGGAGACGCCCGUAUUACGCAGCCGACAGAACAUUCUUGCCGGUCGACGAAGCUGAGGCCAUGGCUCUUCUGCCAGCCAUGGCGGAAGGACAAAAGCAUAUCUCAGUCAUUGGUCAUGUGAAUGAAAGCAGUUCUGACCUUCCAAUUUGCCAAAGCAGCUUGACCUUCGUCAUGGAGACAAGCGAAGCCGGCUUUGGCAAUACUCUACUUGCCCUCUGGUUGAGUUAUGGCAUGGCCAAGAAGGAAGGUCGCACUUUCUUUAUCGAUGAUUCAAAUUGGUCGUACGGAAGAUACACCACAUACUUCAAGCAGCCUCCUCAGUCAGCUUGUGCGCCUCCACCAGCAAAUCAGGUCCUUCCAUGCCCUCAUAGUGCCCGCCAUUUGGUUGUUUCUGCAGCUACCUUACCUUGGACUUUUGGAAGUGCAUUCAAAGCCGAGUAUGAGCACUCACUCAAGCAUGGAUUCAGGAAGAACCGCCCCACCUAUAAUAUGAUCCGCCAAGGCUAUCAAGACCUGUUUGAUUUGCAAGGAGAGGACGGGUCCUUCUUGACACACAAGCUGACGGUGAUGCGUGCCGCUGCUUCCGCCUCCCAGACGCCGCUUGUUGGCAUGCACCUUCGUCGGGGAGACCUACAUCCCUUUGAGCUCGAGUACAGCCACGACUAUCUUCCAUUCGAGCGCUACACAUCUGCAGCUAGCGAGCUAUUUGCUUCUUUCUCACCAAACAAAUCGUCCAUGGAGCCCACCGCUCUACUUCUUGCCUCGGAUGAUCCAGACAUUCUAUCGUCGCAUGAUCUGGUCAACACACUCCCUUCCCAUCUUACCGCUUCGCGCCCCCAGGAGCGUAUCGUUCUCGCGAGUAAGAAGACACUGGAACCUGCAGUGCCAAUCCGUAAACCGGGAUCCGCUUAUGUCAAACACGUUGACGAAAAUUCUGGAUGGGAAGGAGGUUUCUAUGCUUCUCUGUUCUUCUCGCUGGGUAAAGGUCAUCCUUCGGCAUCCAAGCAAGGAAUGGACGACGAGAUGCAGAAGGCUGUUUUGAAGUUAAGAGAGCUUGUUGGGCGUGCCUACCUGCUGGAUUUGGCAGUAUUGGGGCAUGCUGAUGCGGUCGUCUGCGCCAGCUCCAGUGCAGCCUGUCGGAUCAUUGGCGUCAUGAUGGGUGCCGACAAGGUCUCUAAGGGUCAUUGGAAGAAUGUGGACGACAACCGCGCUUGGAGCUGGGAUGGAAAGGUUUGA